UUAACCAAAAGCUUCUCAAAUUUCUCUUCGAUCUGAUUAAUUUUCAUCUUCAUUGACCUGCAACGAUGGAUUCGAAUGGAACACCUCCGUUCUACCAAAACGUCAUCGUAAUGAGACACGGCGACCGCUUAGACAACUUCGAUCCGUUAUGGACGACCAAAGCAACAAGGCCAUGGGAUCCUCCUCUGUUCGACGCCGGUAAGGUCCGUGCAUUCAUCGCCGGACAGAAACUCCGGACACAACUAGGUUUUCCGAUCCGCCGUGUAUUUGUUUCUCCCUUUCUCCGUUGCGUUCAAACAGCCUCCGAGGUUAGCUCCGCCCUCUGUGCCAUCAACGACGAUCCAAUUAAAACUUCCUCCGUUGAUAUCCAAAUCGAUCCUUCCAAACUCAAGGUAUCAAUUGAAUAUGGGUUAUGUGAGAUGUUGAACAGGGAAGCCAUUAGAGCAUCAGUAGCUCCAAAAGAUGGAGAGUUCAGUUUCAAUAUUGCUGAACUUCAAACUUUGUUACCUUCUGGAAUAGUUGAUCAAUCCACGGUUCCUCUAUAUGACAAGUUGCCGAAAUGGGGAGAAACAGUUUUAGGAGCUAGGGCAAGAUAUGUUCAAGUGAUUAAGGACUUAGCUGAUAAAUAUCCUUCAGAAAAUCUGUUGCUGGUAACUCAUGGAGAAGGUGUGGGAACUGCAGUUUCAGCAUUCAUGAAAGAUGUAACUGUAUAUGAAGUGGAGUAUUGUGCUUUUGCUCAGUUAAGAAGAAACAUGGCAUCUGAAGGAGAAAAAGGGGAUUUUGAAGUUGUUAUGAAUAAAGAACAAACGGGUAUUGGUUAUUAUCCUUUGAACAAUUCAAUGGAGGAUCCUUUUGAUGCAAAACCUAAUGCUUGAUUAAUCCAAUUGGGUCAUAUUUCCUUCCCUUCAUUUCUAGGUUCAUAGUCUGGUCUGUGUGUUUUAUGAAUGAAUGCAUAAGUGUGUUGGUUGUUGUUGUUGGUGGUUGUAGUUUAGAUUGUGUGGUUGGUGAAUAAAAGAUGGACACAUUUUGUCAACAUAAUAUUGAAAAUCAAGAAAUGAAAGUUCAAAUUAACAUGGAUUA